UCAAAUUAAAUUAUAGAAUUAUCUGGACUGGAGUAAUUCCAUUCAAAGAUUUCAGUAUUAUCAUGAUAUCAAAAUUUCUGCGAAUAACCUGUAAAAAUUUAUUAAUUAUUUCGAUCCACGUGUACUUAUAGAGACUUAAAUUUUGGAGGAUGCUGCAGGACUUCAAAGCCUUUUUCCUAUUUUUAUGUAUAACUAUCUUCAGUUGGAUAGUUUCAUAUUCAGAUUUUGAGGAGCUAUUGAUUUGUUAUGGAUGCAAUCAGAUUGAACCAGAAUAUGAUUUCGUGAUAGUUGGCGGGGGAACAGCAGGAUGUGUAGUUGCAAGAAGGCUCGCAGAAAACAGCAGCGCGACGAUUCUGAUUUUGGAAGCUGGAGGUAAAGGAAAUAGUUUAUUGUCUAUACCUAUUGCUUCUCCAAUGCUUCAGCUAUCAAAUUUUGAUUGGAAAUACACCACGACAAGACAAACUGGGGGCUGUUUGAGUAUGGAAAAUCAGAAAUGUAAAUUUCCCAUGGGAAAAAUUUUGGGAGGCACACAUCAAAUGAAUAAUAUGAUGUAUACAAGAGGACAUCAGUCGGAUUAUGAUGAUUGGUUUAAAGACUUACCUGGUUACAAUUAUGUGAAGGAUGUUGAGGAAUAUUUCAACAGAUCUGAGCAAACUUAUUUGCAGAAUGAGACAAUUUCUCACACCGAAUCUCCAGCACUGGUCACUCCAAUCAGGCACUUCUCCCUACUGUCUUCCAUCAUUCUGACGGCUUUCACUACAUUGGGGUACAUAACCCAUUCGCCUACACAAAAGUUCUUUGGAGGUUUUUAUAGGCCGAUGGUCACCCAGAAGAACGGACGACGCUGGACAACCUCCGACCAUUUGUUGGAGAUGAAGUUUCCCAAUGUUGCCAUUCUGACGAAGUCGAGAGCGGAAAAGAUAAUUUUUAGGGAUAACUCGGAAGCUGUUGGAGUGAACUUCAACUACCUGGGGGAAAAAAUGUUCGUGAAAGCGAAGAGAGCUCUGAUAUUGUCCGCAGGAACUGUCGGAUCGGCGAAACUUUUGAUGUUGUCCGGAGUCGGCCCCAAAGAGCAUCUGGCUCAAAUGGACAUCAAACUAGUUAAAGACCUACCCGUAGGUAAUAAUCUCCAAGAUCACUUAACAACAGGAAUGGACAUGGUGGUAGUGGACAAACCUGUAGGCUUAGGUAUGGCCGAUAUAUUGAACCCAUUGGCAGCCUUGAAAUAUCUAUUCCAGGCGAAGGGGUCUUGGACUAGCAACGGCGUCGAUUUUAUCGGCUUCUCAAACGAAGAAUACAUGCACUGCAAAAACCAGAUAAAGAAAAACGCCACUCUUUGCUUCGAAAUGUUCGCCCAAAACAAGCCAGACUUGGAAGUUAUGAUGUUACCGUUGGGGGUUACAUCUGAUAUGGGAAUUCAUCUGAAAAAUAUUUUCGGAAUCACCGAUCGAAUUUGGGAUGACUAUUAUUCGAAAAUCCGUGGAACAACCAUGGCCGUCUUGCCAGUAUUGCUCCACCCUAAGAGCAGGGGAACAGUGAGACUGGCCAACAAAAAUCCAAACUCCAAGCCUUUGAUAAAUCCGAACUAUCUGAAUCAUCCGUAUGAUAUGAGAACACUUCUCAGUUUUAUAAUGCAUUGUAGGAAAAUUAUCGAUCGAGCAGUGAAAGCAAAUUUUGGAGUGCAUAUAAACAAGAUUCCAUUUCCAGGUUGUCAACACCUUCAAUUUGGCACCGUAUGUUACUGGGAAUGUUACGUGAGGCAAACUGCGAUGUCGUGUUACCAUCCUAUUGGUACCUGCAAGAUGGGUUUGACGGAGGACAGUGUUGUUGAUUAUAAUUUCCAGGUUCAUGGAACGCAUAAGUUGUUUGUUGUGGACGGUUCAGUGUUGCCAAGUCAGGUCAGCGGUCAUAUAAUGGGUCCGAUAAUAAUGAUGGCCGAGAGAGCUUCGGAGUACCUUAAAAAAUUCCAUGGUAUAGAGGGGCCGAAACCUAAAUUGCUGCCAAGCAAGAAUCCUGCCUAAAUAUCUGUGAUUUUUUCUCGAAUGUUUUGUUACGGAAAAUGUAAUGAAAUAAAUGUUAUGUCGAAGA